AUGAUAUCUAGGCAACUGACCACCUGGUGCUGCCAGGCAAGCAUCAAGCCAGGGCUCAGAAAGGACCCAGGUGAGUCUCCAGGUGGCCAGGGUGCCGGGCUUGCCACCAGGGUGCCCAGCCCCAUGUCCAUCAAUCUGGGCCACACUUCCUGGUGCGGAACUUUCAGAGUCCAUCUGGAAAGGUUCCAGGCCUUCCUUUGGGAAGCUCCUCAGCCAGCGGGCCCAACCCCUGCCCUUGAAGCAGGAAGCAGCAUGGAAUUUUUCUCCAAAAUGCCUGGGAAUUCCUCAGCCAGGAGCGCUAAGGCCAAAUGUAUGCCCCGCACACAAACUCAGCCUCAGCGUCUGUGUGUCUGCGCCUUGAUGCAAGUUCCUCACAAGCCAAGCGGCUCUGGGUGUUCCAAAGAGAGCCACUGUGGAGAGGUGCUAAUUGGACCCUGUGGGGACUUGGAGCAACCACGCCCUAAGCCCCUCCCUCCAACUCAGUGCUUGCAGUUGAUUGGUGGAGUCCACGCCACGACAAGGGGGUGGGGCAAGCCAGGAGAGCGCUCAUGGGCAUUGCAGCCGCCAAAGUCCGUCAUUUGUAGAACAGUCCCCGAAGGGGAAGCAUCGCACUGGAGCUCGUGUUCCUCGCACCGAAGCCUUGCGACCUUUCUUCCCAGAGACAUGGAGGCUCCUUCUCUCCUCGGGGGAGGCGAGUCUCCCUUCAAAUUGUUUCCCAAGCCCAAGCUUCCUCCCGCACCCGCAGCCGGAGUCCACGUCCAUCGUCUUCCCUCUCCAGCUGACAAAACUCUGAUGUCACCACAGACCCACGGCGAUGUGCAGGAGGGAUUCGCACCGGUGGCUGUCGAGCUUCCGCACGCAGAGGAACUGUGCCUGAGCUGGCACAGACCUCAUGGCAUCGGAGCUGGGCUCCAGAACCUGGGAAACUCCUGCUACUUGAAUGCGGCCCUGCAGUGUCUGACCUACACGCCUCCCCUCGCCAGCUAUCUGCUCUCCGAGAAGCACUGUGGGUCCUGUGUGGAGCAGGGACUCUGCAUCACGUGCACCAUGAGUGCACACAUCCGGCGGGCCCUCCAUCAUCCUGGGGACGUGCUCAAGCCCUCACCUGCACUGGCUAUGGGCUUCCACACACAGCGGCAGGAGGAUGCUCACGAAUUUCUCAUGCUCACUCUGAACGCCAUGCAGAAAGCGUGGUUGCCUGGGCGUGGGCAGUUAGACCAAGGCUCCGCAGACACCUCCCCCAUCCGUCAAAUCUUUGGAGGGUACUGGAGAUCUCAAAUCAAGUGUCUACACUGCCAGGCCGUCUCGGACACCUCUGACCCUUACCUGGACAUUGCCUUGGAUAUUCGGGAGGCUCAGAGUGUGAGCCAAGCUCUGGAAGUUUUGGUGGAGCCUGAAGAACUGGAUGGUGAAGAUUCCUAUCUUUGCAGCUCCUGUGAACAGAAGGUGCGAGCGACCAAGACAUUGACUUUGCACACCUCACCAAAGGCCCUGAUCCUGGUCCUGAAGCGCUUCUCAGAUUUCACAGGUGACAAAAUUUCAAAGCAUGUGCGAUACCCAGAGUGUCUUGACAUGCGAAAAUAUAUGUCUGAAACCAACGGCAGCCCUCUGGUUUAUGGUCUCCACGCCGUGCUGGUCCAUUCUGGGUCGACUUGUCACACUGGACACUACCUGUGUUACGUCAAAGCCGGGAAUGGCGAGUGGCAUAAAAUGGAUGAUGCUAAGGUCACGGCCUGUGAAACUACUUGCGUCCUGAAACAGGAAGCCUACGUCCUCUUUUACACUCAGAUGGAGGAAUUGCACAGAGACAGGGAGAGUGUGAUGCAAGGGAUGGAGACAAGACACAUGAGGGCCCAGGACGCAGAGGAGAGCGUGACACAAGCAGUGACUGACAGCGACUCCUCCUUGAAAGUCGCUGAGAACGAGGGGCACUGGCAAGAGAGAGCUGCCCAAGAAUUCAGCUUGGAAGAGUGGAAAAUCCUCCAAGGACAGAAGCAAUUGAAACCUGCAUUCAGCCUCAGGAAGAUCGAAUCUGCCCUGCCUCCCAAUGCCUUCGUGAUUCACCGGGCAAAACACAGAGGCCAAAGAGAAGAGAAUCACCGGGAAUGGGAAACACACUCGCUGAAUAACCCAGCCGGGUGCAUUCAACCUCAGGUGGUGGCAGACUUUGGCCAGACCCCUUGCCCCGGGAAGGGCUGCAGAGGUAGCAAGAAGAAGAACAAGAAAGGCAAGAGGGUGCUCGAUGUGCUGCGGUGGUCUCAGUAG